AUGGUAAAUGAAUACAAGAAAAUUGUUUUGGUGAAAGGAUUACAGAACAUGAAUGAUUAUCAGUUUAGCAUGAUUAAGUCUUUACUGGCCCAGGAUUUAAAACUGACUAGAAAAAAGCAAGAUAAAUACAACAAAAUUCAGACUGCUGAUGUGAUGGAAAAAAAAUUCCCAGGUGCUACCUUUGUCAACAAACUAAUAGAUGUAUUAGAAGACAUAGAAACAUUUAAAGACCUUGUAAAAGAACUUAGAAAGGAGAAGCUAAAAGAAAAGAAAAAAAAACAAACUGAAGAAGAGACUGGAACAAAAAGGAAUAAGGCAUCUCCAGAGCAGAUUCAGUCUCUGUACCCUUCAGUAACCAACACACCCACAACCGUGGGCCUUCCUCCACCUCCUGAGGCCUGAUCAUCAACUCCAUCCUCCACUCACCCACCUGAGAACCAGAAAACGCAGAUCCAAAGUAAAGUAACUGCCAGGAGAAGUGUUCUACAAAAGGGCCCAAUGACAAUGAUGGUACUGAAAGCAGCAGAGGCAUUUGAAUAUGAGUCACCAGAAGGGGGGAAAAAUACAAUGUUUCAUGCUACAGUGGUUACUGCAAGUCAGUUUUUCCAAGUGAAGGUUUUUAACACCAACCUUAAAGAGAAAUUCACAAAGCAGAAGGUCAUUACCAUAUCAGAUUACUUUGAAUGCAGAGGAAUCCUGGAGAUAAACAAAGCAUCAUCUGUGUCUGAAGUUGGUCUUGAUCAAAAGUCUGAAGUUCCAAACAGCAUUGUAAAAAGAGCAAAAGAAACUCCCAAGAUGGAUAGUCUUCUCAAGCAAGCGUCGGGAACAUUUAUGUAUGAGUUGUUUAUGUUAUAUCAGAAAAAAGUAAAUAAGAAGAACAUAAUCUAUGAAAUACAGGAUAAUACAGGAAAGAUGGAUGUUGUGGGGAAUGGAAAACGGCACAUUAUCAAGUGUGAGGAAGGAGACAAACUUUGACUUUUCUGCUUUCAACUGAGAAUAAUUGACCAGAAGCUGAAACUCACAUGUGGAAAUCACAGCUUCAUCCAGGUCUUCAAGACUAAGAAGAUAGGAAGGACCAACCAGUUUUCAUUUAAUUCUGAAAGUUGA